AUGAACUCGCAGAUCGCGCGAACUCUAUCAUUGGACUCUCUCGUUUUCGCCAGCGAAAAUGAUGGACUAGGCUCGCAACAGCCACGUUACUUUGAGUACAUGCGCGACGUCUCCGGACAACCCGAGGUUCAGAGCUCCGGUAGCGCAAGGCGGUGGCACCGUGAGCGAUCUGCAAUCAAUCAUGUUAUACCCUCGCAAGAUGUGGGCUAG